GCGGAGGACGCAGGGGGACCGGAGGGGCGCCCCCGGGUGGGAUCCGGCCUGGGAGGCGGCGGAGGGCUGCAGGCAUGCGAGGUCCCGAGGUCUUCCCCGAGACCCCUCUCGGGCCGAGCCACCCCCGCGGGAACGGGCGUACUUUCCUGCCUCCGGGCCUUGGUUUACUCUCCUGUCUGGAGUUGAGCAUCUGUAGGGUACGGGAGAUAGUAAGAGAAAGCCCACCCUGGUCCUUCAGUGCCCCACAGCCUAGAACCGGGGACGGAUCACAAAAUGAAUUUUUUGAGAAGCAAGUAAUACAUGGAGAAAUAGAAUCAAGUAAUAUGUGGAGAAAAUGCCUUCUAAAUUCUGACACACUCUGUGAAGACACCUGCUCUUUACCAUCAGUAGCCAGCCUGGAGGGAUUUUCAGAAUGGCUGCAGCUCCUCAAGCUCCGGGAAGGGGCUCUGUUCGGAAGACAAGACCUUUAACAGUAAAGACAUCAUUGAACAACCCAUACACUGUCUGCUGGAGUGCGCUAGACAGAGAAGACAUGCACUUCAUACUACAGACCCUUGAAGACAGAUUUAAAUCUCUUGGGCUUCAGAAGAUGGAAGAUAAGAAGAAAAAGAAAAAGCAGUUUUUAAAAAAACAAAGCUCAGACAAAUGUAGCACAGAGGUUGGUAUGAGUGAGGAUCUGAAGGAGAAACACCCAGAAGAUAAUGAGCAAGGGUCAGGCUGGACUCCUGUCUGUGUCAGGAAGCAGCUGGCCAUUGGCGUUAAUGAAGUUACCAGAGCUCUGGAAAGGAAUGGGCUGCUGCUGGUACUCGUGUGUAAGUCAGCCAAGCCUGCGCUCAUCACCUCACACCUGAUUCAGUUAAGUCUGAGCAGAUCUGUUCCUGCUUGUCAGGUUCCCCGUCUCAGUGAGACACUCGCACCUGUCAUUGGCUUAAAAUGUAUCCUGGCCCUGGGGUUCAGAAAGGACACCACUGCCUUUAUUGAUGAAGUCAAAGCCAUAAUUCCCCGAGUACCCAGUCUACACGUACCAUGGCUCCAGGGCAGACUGGAAGAGUCCAUGGAAAAUUUAGACACUGAAUCUUUGGAAAGCCAAGAAAAAGAAAUUUUGGAGACUUCCUUUGAAGACCUCUCUAAACAUAAAAGGAAGCCUGUUGAAGGUCAGCAGGCUGUAGUGUUACAACCCCUUAAAAUAAAGAAAGUGAUUCCAAACCCCAAUAAGAUAAGGAAACCACCCAAAGGUAAAAAAACAACUUCAAAGUAAUUUUAUCUAAACUUGUCAUAUCACAGAGCUGUAAAAUGACGCUUUGUAAAGUAGCCUUGAAACUAAUAAAAUGUGUUAUUUUUACAUAUAUUCUUGGGAUACUUUUAGUAACAUUUCUUUCAUAUGUGUAAGACUAUAAAUAGGCUGAUGCUUAAAAACAAGUGCAGACAAUUUUCAAAAGCAUGAAUAUCAAAACAAAAAUUUAUUGAAACUAAUGUCCAUGCUUGUAUAAGUUCACUUUUUAAAAGGCUGGUACAAUGCCUGUAAGCAAGAAAUUCUGUAUCCUACACCACUUGACAUCUUUCUAUCAGACUUGGAAAAUGAGCCACAGUAAACAGGUUCUAGUUAGUAGUGCAGAUGAAACUGGACUGGAGAUCGAUCAGUUUUAAAAGAAAGAUACUAAACACCAAGCAAUACACUGUCUUCAGAAACAUCAGAAAAAAAAAAUUUUUUUUUUUUACUUCCUGUUGACUUUGUAGGUAGGCAUAUGCAUGAGCUUAAUGUUUAUAGGAAAAAGCCAGAUAUGGUAUUCUGAAUGGUUGAAAUUCAUCCCUCUACAUGGUUAACUUAUUUCCUUGGAAAUUUAACAUGGGUAAAAAAAGUAUGCUGGUAAUUAGGUCAAAUGUAGAAUUAAAAAAUAAAAUGAGGAGCUUGAGGUCUCAGAGAUGGGUUUGUGCAAUGACUGGGGUUCUUCAUGUUAGGAAAUGGAGUGUAAUCAAUCUUCUAUGUCUGGGUUAAAGUGUCUGCUAUUUGCAGUAUGUGUUUGGAAAAGGUCCUUUUGUUAUUUAGGAAGGUACUGGACUGCUAAAGUCUACUUUCAGCCUAAAUUCUGGCUGACUCUUGCAUUAUGCCACCUCUGUUCAUUUAAAUUUUACUAAAUGCCAUCCUGGAUGAAAAAGGGGGGAGGGGAAGGAAAGAUACCUCAUGGAAUAGAGCAUUUCCAUUGUUGACAAAGAUGUAGGACAAUGCUUUUUUCAAUCUAUAAGACACUGUAUAUUGCAGUGAAAUUUAAUCCUAAUAACUAUAAACACAAGCAGUUUUAUCAUUUUUCAAUUUUGAAAUGUUCACUGGUAAUCUCUAAAUUAUGACGAGGGCUUAUAAAAAGGAAAAUAUGCUAUUAAUUGCUAUACUUAAAAAUGAGUAAAAGCAUCUGAAUUCUAUAAACAAAUAAAAGUGCCACAGUUUUAUCACAAGGCGAGCUUGUGAUAAACUGACUGGCAGUUCUUCAAUCAUCUGAAAACCUACAUCAUCAUUAGGAUUGUGCCUUAAAAAUGAGUGGAACACAAUUCCCCACUAGAGCCUUGACUCCAGAUUAAAAUCCCAUUUACUUAAUUCUUGGUGUUUUGGUGGAUUGGUUCAGUUUUGCUUCCGAAGCUACCCUCCUCUGUUAAGAAAGAAUGGUAAUGCAGUGGAGUCCGAAUCGUCGUAUAGGAGAAGUCUUCUCUGGGUCUUCAGAGAGGUAAACACAGCUGUCUGAAUUACGUGCUACUGUGCGGUCCCCGAAUGCCCCCUAGUGGUAGUCGCAGCUGUGGGUUGUCUUUAGGAUGAUGGUAGGAAGGUGUAGAGAGUGGCUUUCAGCUCUAGUGUAAAUCAGGGUCAACAAAUCUCCCCCACCCCCGUAAAGGGCCAGACGGUAAAUGUUUCAGGCCUUGUGAACCAUACAGUUCUGUCAGAAUGACUCAACUCUGCCUUCGUAGCAUGCAGCAGCCAUAGGAGAUGGAAGCAAGUGAGUGUGGCUGUGUUCCAAUAAAAUGUUAUGGAUGCUGAAA